ACACAGACGUUUGUAUUUAGCUAUACAUUCGUUCCUGAGUCUCUGAAAAGUGAUCUCUAUUCACUUUACGCCUUCUUAUUCCCCACCGUCAACCAAGCCCUUGUGAAGUUGCAGCAGGUGACAGGCGCAGGCCAGGCUGCCCAGACCAGAGCUCCUCUCGCUGCUCACCAGCCUGCCCGAGGCCGCCGUAAUCAGAGAUGCAGAAGUGCGGUAGUUUCCUGUUUCUGUCUUUAAUCUUUUGUGCCACCCUGUCAGAAACAUUUGGACUGGUUUUGUCAGCAAAAGAAAAAAGGGGCUGGACUUUGAAUAGUGCUGGUUACCUACUUGGGCCAUAUGCAGUAGAUAACCACAGAUCAUUUAAUGACAAACAUGGUUUCACUGGUAAACGUGAAAUACAGCCUGAUGAGGAUACUAAAGCAGGGAAUCUUGGAAGACCAUUGGCUGAUGAAAACAUUGUGCGCACAGUAAUUGAAUUUUUGACUUACUUGCAUCUUAAAGAGGUGGGAGGAGCACUUGACAAACUACCUUCACCAGAGGAAACAAACCAGUCUUGAAGAAGAAUGCAUUUUUAUUUUGUUGUAGUGUAGAUUUAAAUUGAAUUCUAAGCAAAAGAUCUAAAUGAGCUGAAGAUGAGAAGUAUUGUUUGCAUUAAUCUGAUAAAUGGUAAACAGCAUUCUGCCCUCUGUUUUUUUCAUUUGUUUGGGGUUUUUUUUGCUUUUUUUUUUCCUCGCCUGUGAUGUUAUAGUGUAAAAUUUUGCCUUGGUAAAAUUUUUCUGUAGGUAAAUGAUAAAAUAAAAAUAAAGAGCAACUACAUUGUUUCA